AUGCACACAGAAACCCCACUCAAUCGUAAAAGAAAGGUCAAAACAGGCUGCAGGACCUGCAAAAUACGCCGCGUGAAAUGCGAUGAAGGCCGACCGGCUUGCCGACGCUGUGUAUCAACCAGCCGAGUCUGCGAUGGCUACGGCAUCUGGGGAGGUGGCGGUACUCCCUAUGCGCAGCCACAGAGCAACCGGGCUCUAUCAGUCUAUUGCACGCCCGUGCCGGUUGGCAGUCUCAGCCACGAAGAGAACGUCUGCUUUGACUGGCUGAUCCAACGAACUGCGAAGAAAUUCGCUGGUCUUUUUCCCUCGGACUUUUGGGAGACAUUGAUUUUCCAAGCUAGCGCGCAGGAACCGGCUGUGCGUCAUGCUGUCAUUGCCUUGUCGUCUGCUCACCGGUUUGACCGGUAUAGGCAGGAGACGCUUGUUGCGAACAGGCUCAAUGAAGAGCGGUUUACGCUUCAGCAGUAUAACAAGGCGAUCCAGCACCUGCGCAGUAACAAGGCUGAUAGCAGUCAUUCGCUCCGCGUGGCGCUGAUUACUUGCAUGCUUUUCGUCACGCUGGAAUAUCUACGUGGGCAGUACCAGAUAGGAAGUGCACAUCUUCGAUAUGGCAUGAAGCUGCUUUCCGAUGUCUCUAUAUCGAGUCCAAGAUCUACCAUGGCACCAACUAUUCUCUGUACAGAGGGAGAUUUCGCCUACAACGCCUUGGUCGACGCCUACUCCCGACUAGGCAUUCAAUCAGCCAUGUUCGGUCAUGUCCCUUCUCACAUGUGUAUCGUAACGCAAGAUCCACAGACAACAAAAAUCCCCUAUAUAUUCACCUCGCUCUUUGAAGCAAGACGCACCUUGGACGAUCUCUUAAACAGAGUCCACUGCCUCAAAAGAUACCAUCACGACAACCACACACCAGACUCGCCAACAGAAAACACAGAAAUAGUCGAAACACAAACCAAAAUCAUCACCGACCUAAUUCUCUGGCGCAAAGCAUACACAUCAGCCCUAUCCCGGCUAGACAACACCAAAACAAACGGCAAAGACAAAACCGGCUACCUCCUCCUCAGAGUAUACCACGAAAUGGCAACAAUAAUGGCCUCAGUAUGUCUAACGCCAGAAAACCAGAACAAAGAAAUGAUCUACGACUCCUACACCGAAAACUUCACAAUAAUACUGUCCUGCUUCCUAGACAUCUGGAAAGCAUGGACAUCAAUCACCUUCCGAGAACAACAUCUCUCAUCUCUAGUCGCGCAUUCAGACGAGCUAAAGGCUCUCUUCAAAGACUUCACCUCGAUGUCCGAUAUGGUCUCCAUACUCGAAACAUCCCUGCUUGAAAUCCUCGAAAACACAAAUAAUUUUGCUCACCUCCUCCAAACGCCUGACGGUGGCGGGUUGGGGUUCACCGUUGAAAUGGGCUACAUUCCACCUCUAUACUACACAGCAUUGAAAUGUCGCGUGCCACGAAUUAGACGGCAGGCUGUGCGGACACUGCGCGCAGCACCGCAUCGAGAGGGAAUUUGGAAUGGGCCGCUUUUGGCGGAUGUUCUUGAAGAGGUUAUUGCUGCUGAAGAGGGGAAUUUGUUUGCUGAUGAUGUGAGGGUUACUGGUUCUGGUGAGGGAUUUCUUCCCAGGCCGGGUGAUUUGUGUUUGCCGAAAGUGCCAGCUGGAACGAGGGUUUCUGAUGUUAGGGUUAUUUUGCCUGAUGAUGUUUCUGGGGAGACUUUUGUUAAUUAUCGGCGGAGGGGGGUUGAUGGAGAGUGGGUUUGUUGUAAGGGGAAGGUUGGUGGGAGUAUGUAG